CCCUUUUAAAGAGUUUCCGGGUUCGGGAUGACUUCAACUUUGGUCGGAUUCUGCAGUAAACGCGAACAAAUAAGCUGAGAGGUUGAAGCAAUGGAAUUCAGAAAACUCUCUGGGCCCUCCUGAAGAACACAGGGUGCAAGCAGGAUUUGCAGGCCGGAAAACAUUUAACUGUUGUUAUGUGGCCAGGAUGUGGCCUCCCAUUUUUCACAACUUGAGUGGUGAUGCCAAAAUACACCAACUCAUGGUGCUUCUUUUCUGUACUGAGUAGGAGAGAACAUGGCAAAGCAUUGUGAUCCUGCCCCAUCUCUUGAUGACGUCUUUAACAUUUUGUCCCGACUUCCAGAGGAGAGACUGCUCAGCCUGUGGUACAAGUUUAAUCCUGACAACUCAAACACGUUCAAGGAGCAUUGUCUCCUCUAUAGCAUCAUUUCGUUUACCCUGAGAAAGAACGAGGAGGCUGAAAAAGCAGUGAAGUCUGUGUUAAACGAGAGAUCAACAGACAAAUCUGCGUUGUACAUUUACAACAGGAUUCAAGGUUUGGUUGAUGCUCCAGAUGGAGAGAAGAAACCGCCGCCGAGUGCAGAUCUUUCUGCGGAAGACAGAAGUUUUCUUGCAGACCUGGCUUUGAUGUUUGUCACGAUUGAGGAGGAAAAGCUAUGCAGCCCCUCUGUCAGGAAUCGAGCGUGUCAGGCUGCUGUCAAUGCUUUCAAGUCCAAUAGGCAGGACUGCAGCAUCGAACUUCAGGAACUUGUUGAAAAAUUUAGGUCACGGUUUGGCUUUCUGGAUUUUGAAGAUGAGGCUGAAACUGUUGGAAUAUCUGCACUUAAGUCGAUCCAAGAGCAUAACCACAGCAAAGUAACAACUAUGGCAUUCAAAACUCGUCCAGUAACUAUCCCGAGUCAAGCAACAGUUAAUGUAUACAGUACUUCAGAAAUGACACUACCAAGCCAUUUUGAAAUUAGUGCUUCUCCAACAGCAUCAUUCACUACUGAGGUCCAUCCAAAUGAUUUAGAAUCAUCAGUAGCAAUUCCUGAUCACUGUACUAUCAGUUCUGGCAAUAUUAUCACUGUGGGCUCAAAUAACGUUAAUAUUCCAUCUUCUGAUAAUUGUUUCAGAAAGGGGGAGGUGGCCCACAGCAUUGGGGGCCAGCAACCAGAUGAACAGGACCCUGUCUCACUUGGUUCAGCAGAAAUUUCAUCAGGAGAUAAAGUGAAUGAAGUGGGUCCAUCUGAAUGUACUGGUAUAAAUUGCAGUGACCAGAUAGUCACUUCCAAGUUCAAAAUGUCACAGGUCUGGAACAAAGGAACUGGAAAUAGUACCAAUUCUCAGGAAAUGGCCAAAUCAAAGCCAAACGUCCAGUCCAGCGUUUCUGAUAAACCUCGUCCUUCUGGAGAGCCUUCCGAGGCAAUGGCGGAGAGCUUCAAGGACGCAUUCUACCCUUUCGUUAUCUUGCAUGUCCCGGAGGAUGCUGAAAUUGCGGAACAUGUGCGGGAUAGACUGGAAUCUUUGGGGGUAAAAGGCACAACAAUUGACGAUAUCUCUGUCCCAGGACAGUCCCAAAUAAAGUGCAUUGAAGAUGCAGUUAACAACUCUGCCUUCACAAUCCUUCUGCUCACCAAGAAUUUCAAUACACAGUGGGCUGACUAUGAGACCAAUGUUACUCUAAUGGAUUCGAUCAAUAACGAACACAAGUACAACACAGUUGUUCCACUGCUACCGAAGAGGAACCCAUUACCACAAGACAAGAUUCCUUUCGCACUUAGUGCCACUGUAAGUUUGAAAGAGAAUUCUAGGCACUUUGAAAAGCAGGUGAAAAAGAUUUUUGCAAAAGAAGCACUUGACAGUCACAGAAGAGGCUGGCUUCAGCGACAAAAACAAAAGGAGAUUAAAUCAAAAACCAAUCAAAUUAAAAAAGACAUCCAGGUGGCCCAGGACACACUAUCAAAUCAAGUGAAAUAUAUGAAUUUGUACAGUCAACUGCUUGAAAUGCGGAAAAAUUGUCAGUUAGUCGCGCCAAUAUCUCAACCCCAACCAGGGAUUAUUCAAGAUCAACCCUUAUUAAAUCUGCCUCUGUACCCCAACAUCCCAACACCACCACCUUUCUUUAAUCCCAUCUCAUCAAUGUCACAGAUCCAGCCCUGCAGCAACCCAACUAUACCAUCACCCUAUCUGUCUUCCACCCCUAGCAAUAGCGAAAGAGGUCAGAAUGUAAGUCUGGAUACUGCAGGUCAAGGUACAAACAUCAUCCAGAUUCACCAUGCAAGAAACAUCCAGAUAGGAGACUGCAACCAGAUGACAGUAACAGAAUGCACAGCGUUCAGCGAAAACAGUGACGAGGAGGAAGAGGAUGGUAACCACAGCAGACAUGUUUAAGUCUUACUUUUGUUAAAGACAUUUUCUUCAAAUAAUGUACAAAAGUAUAGGUUUCCUUUAUUCAUGGUGAAUGAUAUACAGGACACCGAAAUAUUUUCUUUUGCCUGAAGUUUGUAUUACUUUUCUUCCACAGAAUGCCAAACCAUUCCAGAUCUGUGUUUUAUAUCUGUUGCACAGAUAAAGCCCCAAGUCACAGUGAGCCUUUGGCAGAAAUGCCACAGUUUGCCUCAGCUGAAGAGGGGCAGAAGCAGACCCUGCUCCUGAAUGUCGCCCAGUGACUCUUGUCCAUCAGGGAAGACUGAAACGUGGCAGGCAGCAAUGCCAGGCAGGAAACAUCUUCGUUGGUGUAAAGCUGCUUCUUUCUGUAGUCAGAUGCUCAUUAUUUAAGCUCACAUGAGCUUAAUGGUAUUUGCUUUAAACCAAGCAACAAUAACAGAUGCACAGAAGGACAGGGUAAAGUGAAGUUAUAUUUUAAGAUUUUCAUUUUAAGAUGUAAUCUGUACUUAUUUUUGAUUUGGUUCCAAAGGAAUUCUAGCAAAUAAAAAUAGAUAAUAGGUGCAGAAGUAAAAUGAAUCCGUGUUCUUUAUUACUCAUUGACCUGUAUCUUAGGCGACAAAUUUCUUAAGUUAAC